AUGGCAUUCGCGUUGCGAUCCUCCGCGUUAGUCGGGACGAGUGUUCCGACCGCGUCGACGAACAGCAGAGUUCAACAAAAAAUCUCCCGCACCACCGUCUCCGCCACGCCCUCUUCCAUCAACCAAAUCGGUUUCCAAACCCCCCCAUCGACUGGCGAAAAGCCAGCCUGGGACGCCAUCAUCGAAGUCGGCGGCUCCCAACAAUUCGUCUCCGAAGGCAGAUACUACGAGUGCCACUCCUUACCGGGUUUGGAACCAGGCUCCAAAGUGGCUUUUGAGAGAGUCUUAGCGACGAGAGACACGGAUAAACCGACGUUUGGGCAACCGUACGUGAAAGGCGCGAGAGUAGAAGCGACGGUGUUAGAGAACUACAAAGACGAGAAAGUCAUCGUGUUCAAAUACAGACCGAAAAAGCACUACCGACGUAAAAACGGUCACAGACAACACAUGACGAGAUUCUUAGUUACCAAAGUCAUCAAGGCUUAA